AUGGAGGACGGAGAAGCAGAUAUUCACAACUUCUCGACCUCACCCUUUCAGCAUCGACUACCGACCGUCUCCGCCAUUGAAGCGCUGAAAAACAUAUCCUCUAAAUCUAAUGGGAUACCCUGUAGUCUCCCAGCUUUGGACACAAUACUCGCAAAUGAGAUCAAUGGACUCUCAAUUGCAACACCGGGAAUUCAAAGGGGCCAUGUGACAGAAGUCUACGGACCACCAGGAGUCGGCAAGACUACCUUUGGUCUGCAAGUUUCUGUCAACGCACUUCAUUCGGGCUCCGAGGAUUCUGAUGUGCUGUGGGUUGACACGGGUUCUCCCUUCAUCGAAGAGAGACUGGACGACCUGUUGCGCUCGCAUACUAUGCCCGCCGAUUCCGAUCUCCCCUCAUCACCACCAGAGCCUUUGGACGCCGAGUUUCUCCUACAAGACAAGUUUACUUAUCUCAGAGCUCACACCCUACCUCGUCUGUUGACAGUAUUUUUGCAUCCUCUCCGCUCGUUUCCUUCGUCAAAGACGUGUUUAAUCGUUGUCGACGACCUCUCCAACCUCCUUCUUGGCUCAUUUUCUCGAAAUCCGAAGAAACUUAAGGUCUCCGCCCCGGCUGCUGUGAGAGAGAAAUUUGAAAAGCAAGCUGUUUCAAAACGCUUUCAGAUUAUUGAAAAUCUCGCUGCUGCAAUGUCAAAGAUGGCCGCUCUGAAGAACAUUGCAAUCCUAGUCCUAACGAACACAACAACGAGCUUAAAAAGUCAAACUAAAGCAACCCUGAAAGCAGCAUUAGCCAGUCAAGCUUGGGACUCCGCGAUCCAUACCCGAAUCAUGCUUUACCGUGGCUUCACAGACGAUAGACAAUUGGAUGCAACAUCAGGGAUGCAAUCCCGACGUUUACGGUAUGCGGAAGUUCAACGAAUGGCUUGGAAAGACGUCUGCAUGCACCCAGUCCCAUUUGUAAUCUCCUCCAAGGGCCUCCGAAACCUGAAUCUUGCCGCCUCACCCUGUCAAGCUCAGGCGGACGCUGAAGGCGAUGAUAAUGCAGGAAUAUUCUUUGCCGACAAGGAACACAGCCUUCCAUUUCACCCACUAGAACUCACGCAGUCAUCCCAAAAAGACCAGCUGGCACGGUCCAAAAAGCGCAAGGCUUUCGAAAUCGCUGACAGUGAAGAUGAGAAUGAAGAAAGUGGUGCUGAAAUGCAAUCGGAUUUCGACGAGCCCGAACUCCCAAAGAUUGACUCGGAGCCUCGUGAGAAGAUAGAGGAGAUGAUCCUCGAGACACACGAGACGGCACUGCUGAGGAGGGACCGGUAUACUCGAAUCAGAGGCUCAGAAGACGAGAUCCCUGUGGUGUCAUCGGAAUUGGGUGAAGAAGCCGCCGUAGCUUGUCUUCCGGACGAAGGCACUCCUUGA